AUGCGAGGCGCAACGAUCCUGAAAGCGACGGACGACAAGACGAGGGAGCUGAACCAGCACAACCUGAUGGCCUUCUCCGGCGAAGCUGGGGACACGAUCCAGUUCGCAGAAUACAUCCAAGCAAACAUCCGCCUCUACACGAUGCGCAACACGACCUCCCUCCCCCCUCCCGCCGUCUCCUCCUUCGUCCGCAGCGAGCUCUCGCGCGCCCUGCGCUCCCGCCGCCCCUACACCGUCAACCUGCUGCUCGGCGGCUACGACACCAUCACCGACACGCCCGCGCUCUACUGGAUCGACUACCUUGCGGCAUUGGCGAAAGUGCCCUACGCCGCGCACGGCUACGCGCAGUACUACUGCCUCAGCAUACUGGAUAAGCACCAUCACCCCGAUAUCGGGUUCGAGAGGGGCAUGGAGUUGCUGCGCAUGUGCACGGAUGAGCUGAAGAGGAGGCUGCCGGUGGACUUUAAGGGGGUUACGGUCAAGGUUGUUACGAGGGAGGGGAUUCGGGAGGUCGAGUAUGUGGAUGAUAAGCCGGUGAAGAGCGCGUGA